CGAAGACCAACGUUUUUCGGCCCUCUCACAGUUCCUCCGAUCCGCUUCCCGCACCCCUGCCCUGCAGAGAUGCCCGAGAGCCUGGCCCAGAGCCCAUGUCCAACGUCACCGGCCAAGCCUCUCGCGUGGCCCCAGCUGCGGUCCACAAGGUCCCUCUUAAGUUUGUCUUCGUGGGCUGAGGCCCAGUGGCCCACAAACGCAAGGGGGGUGGGGGUCUCUGGCACUCACAGGCUUGCAAAGGGGGCUGCUUCUCCAGCUUGUGGAAGGUUGGGGGUUGAGCCCUGUUAUGCGCCCCCCCCUUUUCACGAUGCCCCCACGGGGCGUCUUCCGUAGCCUUGCCCUUCUCCUGUGACGUCCUCCCUGCUGGAGACCCCAACCCAGAAGUCUGGCUGGGCUCUUGAAGCCUGGAGCUGCCGCUCGGCCAGGGUUGGACGCACAGAUGCUCAGGGCUGUGUGCCAGCCGUGGAGGCUGUGCUUGUCCAGGCCAGAAGCUUGGGGUGCCCCUUGCGCCCUUGGCAACUUCACCCCCAUCCAGGAUUAACUUGUUACACCCCACCCCACUCCCCCGGAUGGGAUCAGCUCUUGGCAGCAGACUCCUGCUGGAAAAAUGCGCGCUUGAGCCCUGCCCAGCCGAAUCGUUUUUUGGGCAGGAGAGCCAUCCAGUCACUCGUCAGGGCUGGGAGGGGACACCCAGCCUCUUCCCUGAGCCAGGAGGGGGUGGAGCCGGCAGGUUUGGGAGCCGAACCUGGAGGGAGGAGGCCUGGUGGAAGGGCUGCAGUGGGUGGGCCCAGCCCGGGGUGACCUUUCUCCUACAUGCAGCCACUUGCGUCCCUCCCCUGCCCAGCCCACUGCCUGGUGGAGCAGCAAAUAAAGGCCGCCUCUGCUGGGGUUGCACCCAGAGGGAGGUGCAGCUGGGGCUGGAGCAGAGAGCCAGGGCUGCCAAUGCUGGCGAGGGCUGAGCACAGCUCGGGCUGGCCGUUGGGGGCCUCGAUGCCAGCCACCCCGUGCCUGUGGGAAGAAAGGGGCCUGCUCGCCCCCUGUCAGGGCUGCCUCGGCAAGGCUCCUGCUUGGGUGGGGAGGCCUCGCCUCCCGUCUCUCCGCCUGGGCCGGUGGCAGCCACCCCAUGGAGGCCUCCCCCCGCCGCCCGGCGGCGCCCUCCGUCUCCCCGCCGGUGGAUUUCGUCCUGGGUGCAGCGGCAUGCUGCCUGGCCUGCGUGUUCACCAACCCGCUGGAGGUGGUGAAGACCCGUCUGCAGCUGCAGGGUGAGCUCCGUCCCCGGGGCUCGUACCAGCGCCACUACCGAGGGGUGCUGCAGGCCGUGGCCGCCGUCAGCCGGGCCGAUGGACUCCGGGGUCUGCAGAAGGGACUGGCGGCCGGGCUGCUGUACCAGGGGCUGAUGAACAGCGUGCGAUUCGGCUUCUACUCCCACGCUGAAGAUAUCGGCCUGACCCAGCAUCCGGGAGGGACCUUGGCAGCCGGAGCUGUGGCUGGGGCACUGGGGGCCUUUGUCGGGAGCCCGGCCUACUUGGUCAAGACGCAUCUGCAAGCACAGACGGCGGCUGCCAUAGCUGUGGGACACCAGCAUAACCACAAGAGCAUUUCCGGGGCCUUUGAGGCCAUCUAUAGGCGGCAGGGGCUGCUGGGGCUGUGGCGCGGCGUGAGCGGAGCAGUGCCUCGUGUCAUGGUGGGCUCCUCUGUGCAGCUGGCCACCUUCGCCUCUGCCAGGGAGUGGGUAGCAAGGCAGCAGUGGUUCAAAGAAGGCAGCUGGAUGGUGGCUCUUGCUGGGGGCAUGAUCAGCAGCGUGGCCGUGGCUGUGGCCAUGACUCCCUUCGAUGUGGUGAGCACACGACUCUACAACCAGCCGGUGGAUGAAACUGGCACGGGCAAGCACUACCGCGGCUUCUUCGACUGCGUCGUGCGGGUCUCAGAGAAGGAAGGCAUCCUGGCCCUGUACAAGGGCUUCGGCCCCGCUUACCUUCGCCUGGGACCACACACCGUUCUCAGCCUUCUCUUCUGGGAUGAGUUGAGGAGGGUCACCUACUGGCAGCAGGCCACCUGAAGACCCCCCAGACUGCUCAGGACCCUCCAGCCCCAGAGAGCUGGACUGCGGGGAGAGAGGGAGAGCAAACAGCUCUUUUCCCAGCUGGAGCGUCGUCAGCGGAUGUGUCCAGAUACGGAGCGAUGAUGAGAGCUGGAAAAGCAAGGACGCCACAGAGCUACACCACCCUUUUUGGAGGGGGAGGGGGGUCGGUCCCAAAUUCACCAUCUGAGAAAGGACUCCUGCUCCGGGGAGCCCUCUCCCCCCACUCCAUUUUGACUCACACUCCAGGUCCAGAGUCGGAAAGGCAGGCGCCAAAAGGGAGGGAUGGCGAGCAUCUCUCCUUCUCCAAGCGUCCGUAGCGGCUUCACACGGGCAGAAAGGUUUUUUCCCCACAGAAGAGAAAGAGCAGGUAAAGCAGGAAAGAUGGAGGAGGAAGAGAGAGAGAGAGAGAGAGAGAGGCAGAAUGCUGAGAGAUGAGAAAAAAAGGAAGUCUCGUGCAGCUGGGGCAGAGGGGCCCUUCCUGCUUUGGACACACUUUCCACUCUCCUUCACUGAGGUGGCAGGGGUCCCCCCUAGGCUGGAGGCAGGCCCAGACCUUGGGAGCGACCCCGUUGCCUCUUCUGACCUUGGGGAGCCAUCAGAAGGGACCGGGGGGCGCACAGGAGGGACAGGUUGCAACCAUCGCUGGCGUUGGGUAGAGUCCGAGAGCCAGUCCCAGCAAAGCCGUCUCCAGCAAGGAGAGGGAGGACACUGUGGGCAAGGGGUGGCCAACGUAGACAGCCCCUCCCAGCGAAGGAAAAGGCUGACAGCCUUCUCCCCCAGGGUUUAUGAACCCUGGAAGUGUCUUUGCCUCCUCGUUGGUCGGACAAAGUUGAGUUGGCAAAAUUAGCCAGGUUUGGGUUUAAGCCAUCGGGAGACGGCGGAGGCGCUGGGUCCAAGGGCCCAAGUUCAGAGAUGGAAGGAAGGUGUGGCUGAGAUUUAUUGCUGCCCCGAACCCAAAAGCCCUGGACCUCCCCUGACCCAUCGCCGCCUCGCCUGGCCUGGCGCCGCAGCAGGACUGGGGCAGAAAACCGCCUAGGGGCGCCUCUCCUGUUUUUGUUGUUAAAAAAAAAUAAAGGCUCCAUUUCCACAAA